AUGGCUACGAGCAAGAAUCUGCACAAAGUCCAAAAGCAAAUAGCGAAGAAGAGAGGCGGAAAAUCAAAUAGUCUGCACGAAAAUAGCAGGGAUUCUCAGCGGCUAAGAAGAGCUGGUGCGAGAGAGGACAAAAUUGCCAAAAUUGCAGCGGCCGCAUCGAGAGCAAAUCAAACAUAUGUGGAGCGUGUUGCCUUUUUCAAAUCAGCUCUUAAGGAGGCAACAACCUCGAUGAGCGAGGACGAGCUUCGGGCUCUGACUGCAAGCUAUAUCGCUCGUGAUGAUGAAGAGCUUGCAGCGUUGAAGGCGCAAAGACGACCUGGCCGGCCAUCCAGCAACCAGGAAGACCAAUUACGGCACAGGGUCGAGGCAGAGCAGAAGGAGUUCCAGUCCGGGUUCUGGAUACCAGAUACUCGCGACGAUGAAGGACUCAAGAAGCUCCGAGCCUGGAACGAGGACUGGUCAUCCCUAAAUACUCUCAAGUAUGUUAGGAUAGGCAAAGAAGGUGGCAUGAGAGCUUCGACUUUUCCGCCCAAAGGACUAUCUUGA